AUGUUCCUCGUGAAACCUUCCGGUCUUCCACAUUUAGCCGAGAAGCCGAAGAUGAUAUUUACUUCGGUGGGGAUUUCUACAUUGGGCCUAGCGCGUAUCGGACAUGCGGCAUAUGCUGAGACCUAUUCACAUCUUUCUGCAGCAUUGCCACACGACACAUGUGCGGCGCUACCCACAGGGUCGAGGCGUUGGACCCCUCCUACCAAGCCCGACUCUUGGACAGAGACACUAAAUGCAACCAAUUUCGGCCCCCAGUGUGCUCAGCCAUACUCUGACGCCGGUAUCUUCUCUUCUGGAAAAAACUCAACUAGUGAGGACUGUUUGACCUUGAAUGUCUGGACCCCGACCUACGACACCACCAAUGCCACUGAGAUCAAGAACAAAAAUCUUCCAGUCUAUGUUUGGAUCUUCAGCGGCCGUUUUGAAGGUGGCUCCGGAGAUGUCAUCACCUAUGAUGGAACUGGUCUUGCUUCCAAGGAUAUCAUCGUUGUUACGAUUAACUAUCGUCUCGGUGCCUUUGGUUUUCUUGCUCACCCAGACCUAUCCGCUGAGUCUGGACACAACAGCUCUGGAAACUACGGUAUUUUGGAUCAGCAGUUUGCUCUUCGCUGGGUUCAGAACAACAUUGCUCAGUUCGGUGGAAAUUCUAGCCAGGUUACUGAUGGUGGUCAGUCUGCCGGAUGUGCCAGCGCAUUGGACAUGAUGUGGAGUCCUCUCAGUAGUGGUUUGAUUCACGGCGUUAUUGCUGAGAGCGGUGCCCGUGGCCCCCAUGAUACUGCUACAGGUAGUGUGGCUACUAGCUACAACACGAAGAGCGUCGCUGAGGACUUUGGUGUCACAUUCCUGAAAACUAUGAACGUCUCAUCGAUUGCCGAGCUUCGCAAGCAUCCUAUGGCGGACCUUAUCGGAGAUGUUCAACUAAUGGAAGAUAAAUACUUUGAUGGCACUGCCUUCUCUGAUCUCUGA